CGGCUCCGACCUCGGCUCCGGCUCCGGCUCCGACCCCGGCCCUGGCUCCGACCCCGGCUGCGACCUCGGCCCCGGCCCCGGGAUGGUCCCAGGGCGGCAGCGGCGACGUGGAUGUCUGCUGUCUACUGCGCCUAAGGGACCAAAUGAAGGAGCAGCUAAUAGAGUACAACUCGGCAAUUCUCAUCAGUCAAGAAAAUUUCCUUGAUCAAGGGAUUGAAGAAAGCGUUAUCCAGAGUGCCACACAACAUUUGGAAAACGAUAUAGAAGAAGUAAAAGUCUCUUUCCAGAACAAGAUGUUGGCCUUGCAAAGGAUACAAAUUAUGGAUGCCCUGAGAAACAAAUUGCAACAAGGUGAUGAGGACUCACGUCUGAUCCUGGAAACAAUGAAACACCUAGUAUUGCUCAGCCAGACAAUAAUUGAGUAUCAGCAGAAAAUACAAGAGAAGGAACAGCAGCUGGUUAACAUUAAAAGGGAAAGACUCUCACUAAAAGCAUAUGGUGGACAGAAACUACAGCAAAUUCAGAUCAUGAUGAAAAAGCAAAAGGAAAAACAAGCAAGUAUGGAUUCCAGGAAAACAGAGAAGAUGUUUGCUAGCUUAGAAAAAGAAAGACAGAUGACUACAAUAAUUCAAAAUGUGUUCCAGAACAUCAUAGUUGGAAGCAAAGUUAACUGGGCAGAAGAUCCAUCUUUAAAGGCAAUUGUUCUACAGCUUGAAAAAAACGUCUAUGUUUAGUGAGUCAGGAUACAUGGUGUCUAUUGUUAUACAGUGUGUGCAUUUUGACUAAAUUUGAUAGAUUAUGUGUAUCUCAAAAAUACACUUCAAGACUUAAAAUUUGACCUUUCUGAAAGAUGUUGUUCUCUCCAGAGAGUUAGAAUGUGUCAAAGUGGGUAGUAGAGCUGAUUAAAUAUAACUACCUGCAGACUCAGUUCUCAAGCAGACCUGUCUUUGAGCACUUACAUUCCUGUGAAAGGCAGCCAGAACACAAGAAAAGUUUCAAGGUUUCAUGUGGAAGUGGACUUAAACUGAGGAUUUGCUGUACCCCUUUCCUGGGGACCAGCAGGCUGUAGAGCUUAAGCAGGAUGCACGACCCUGCUGUGUCCCAGUCAGGAAAAUUUAUGAGCAAGUCUAAAGUUGGGAUUAUCUUUAUUAUUAAGACAUUAUGUAUAAUUUUAAACACCAGAAAUUCUGUGCUCUUUUUAGCAGUGACUCUUGUCUGUAGAGGUAACUUUAUACUGUCAACUGUGCAGCUAAACAGUGUUGUAAUUGCAAGUCUUCAUUAGCAUUUGCGCUUUUUUCAGUGUUGCUUGAUGCUUGAAGGAAAUAACUCUUGAGGCAUAACACACUUAGGGAGUGUGUAAUGUCUCUUCUUGUCUUGGCGUGCGACGCCAUUUUUAACUUGAUGAGUGCUCACUAGCUAUUUUUUUUAAGAUGAGUGCCUUGAUCUAAUAAAGAGAAUGCUGAUUCUCCUGAGAACGCU